AUGGAGCUGGGGGACACACUGAGGAAAGCCCAGAGCCAAGAAGACACUGGCGACGUGGCCGUAAAUCUUGUGAGUCCGGUGCUCAGUCUCAGAGCUUACGACGGCCACCACAAGCUAAACAUUAUCCACACGUUUACUUUGAGAACUACACAAGUCAAGGACAAAGAUCUUCACAGCGCGCUGUGUGGUUUCCAGACCACUAGUGGGAGAAACGUAACAUGGGAUACAUUUGGCUGCACCUUGGUCCAGUCAACUAAGAACAAAGAGAUCACGGAGAGCCUGAACAGCACGAGUUGUAACAAAACUGUUGACUGUUGUCUGGCACAUUCUACGUGGAAGGAACCUCGUCACACACGGGAAAAUGCCGUUACCUGUCGUUGUAACCAUACGACCAACUUCGCUCUUCUCAUGCGGGUUGUUGAUUUCGAGGUGAGCGCGGCGCAUGAGCUUGCUCUGAGCGUUGUAACGUACGUAGGCUGUAGCGUCACCUUGAUCACACAGCUCAUGGCUGUGACAGUUUUCACCUGUAUCAGGUCGCUUAAUUCUGAGCGAGUGUGCGUUCACCGGAACCUGUGCUUGGCCAUCAUCGGAAUGCAACUCACUUUCAUUUCCGGCAUCAAAGCCGUGGAGAAUAAGCUCCUGUGUUCCAUGGUAGCAGUGGUCCUGCACUAUUUCUCAUUGGCCUCCUUUGUGUGGAUGCUGGUGGAAGGCUUGCACUUGUACAGCCAGGUGGUGCGAGUCUUUGGCACGGAGAAAUCGCGUAUUUUGUACUACAUCUUCUUCGGCUGGGGUGUACCUGGCAUCCUUGUGUCUGUGUCUGCAGCAGUGGACUGGCAUGGCUAUGGUACCCGCAGAAGCUGUUGGCUGUCCAUAAGCAGAGCCACCAUCUGGGCGUUCGUUGGCCCCGCCGCUGCUGUGAUCGCGGUGAAUGUUCUCAUUCUGGGGAUUGUGCUGAGGAUCGUGGUGAGCUCGGCACGUGCUGACAGACAGCAAGAAUUUGACCAUGUCCGAUACGGGACGGCCAACACCUCACAUGGUGUGGUGAGUGCUAUCGCAUGUUGGAGACCCUCGUACAUGGAUGCUGGCCCGUCUUCAGGUCGACGUUCUCACGAUCCGAGCUAUCGACCAUAA